AGUCCACAUCAAUCUUUGAAUAUCCAUCCCUUUCUUUUCCCUCAUUGAAGCAUUCCCCCAAACAUGUUCAAGGCAUCUUCGUCUCUCACCUUUCUUUCCUCUCUCCUCUUCAUUUCCGCCAUAGCCGCCACGCCCUCAAGCUUCAUCAGAUCCUCUUGCAGUACCACAACGUACCCUUCAAUCUGCGUCGAAUCUCUCUCCUCCUACGCCUCCUCCAUCCAACAAAAUCCUCACCAGCUGGUUCAAACCGCUCUGUCUCUCAGCCUCAACACCACUCUCUCCACCAAAUCCUUCGUCUCAAAGCUCAACAAGUUCAGAGGCCUCAAGAACAGAGAGAACCAGGCUCUCCAUGACUGCUUGGAAGAGAUCGGCGAAAGCGUCGAUCGGCUCAGCCGAUCCAUCAAGGAGCUUAAACUCUGCGUCAAAUCCAAGGGUCAGGACUUCCAAUGGCACAUAAGCAAUGUCGAGACGUGGGUGAGCUCUGCGAUCACCGAUGAAAACACUUGUACAGAUGGAUUCGCCGGAAAGGCUUUGAAUGGCAGAAUCAAGAGUUCUAUAAGGACCAGAAUGCUUCGUGUUGCUCAGGUCACUAGUAAUGCUCUCUCCCUCAUCAAUCACUACGCCUCUAAAGGCUAAUCAGAGAAUUGUUGAUCUCCGUGUGUGGAUUUGCUUGUGGAUUGAAUCUGAAAAGUCGCGUGUGUAUGGAUCGAUCCACAUGUUUGUUUAAGAGUGAGAAAACCCGGGAAGAACUGGAGAUUUUGUUUUGAGAACCAUUUCAGGAUGGCUUGUACUUCCCCUUUUUUUGACCAAGUGCUUUGUGUGAUUUUGAUCAGAGUAAGUUUUUCAGGCCUUUGUUUUAAAA